CCCUUACUCGCCGCCCCAUCCCCAUCCCCAUCCCCAUCCAAGAAAUACUACGCCCAUCGGAUCCACCGCCGAGGCAGGCAGAGGAGCACACACCCCAGGAGCUGAGGACCGGUUUCGCCAUGGCCGCCAAGUUCAUCGCCGCUCGUCAUGCAUGGCUGGCGCAGAAGCUGGUGCUCAAGCUGGACCUGCACGACGACAAGGACAAGCAGAAGGUGCUCAAGGCGGUCUCCACCCUCCACGGUAUCGACUCCAUCUCCGUGGACAUGAAGGGCUCGAAUCUGACGGUGGUCGGCCUGGCGGACCCCGUCGACGUCGUGGCCAGGCUGCGCAAGGUCGCCGCCGCCGAAAUCGUCUCCGUCGGGCCAGCCAAGGAGGACAAGAAGGAGGGCGACAAGAAGGAGGGGGACAAGAAGAAGAAGGACGACGAGAAGAAGCAGCAGGUCCUGUGGUACCCGCACCCGUGGCACGCCGCCGCCGCAGCGCAGCAGUACCACCCCCACCCGUACCCGCCCCAGUACGCCGUCCACAGCGCCGAGGAGGACCCCAACUCCUGCGCCAUCUGCUGAUCCGAAUACCCGGUCCCGUCUUCUUUUUGUACAUCUAGCUCGCCUGCCUACCUACCUACCUACCUACCUACCUACCUCAGGCUCGAUCCACCACGUCGUCGGUGAUCGCCGGGAUAGGGGCCAGACCGCCAGAGCGGCUGUGUUGGUUGCCUGCUGCUCUGCUCAUCUCUAUCCUGCGGGCGUGGGCGGUGGGCCGUGGGGUUGGUCGUUGGCCCGUCCACAGGUCGUUAUACGAUGGCUCGUGCAAAAUCAUACACGCGACCCCCCAACCAUAACCAUCCAAGAGUAGCUAGCUGUUGGGGUUUUUCACUUUUCAGGCUGUUGCUCAUCAGUGUCGUUGUAUAGUGUGCAGUGCAUAUAAUAUAUGUGGUUUGUGUCCUUGCUAUUUAGGUGUUUGUGGCACGAAACUAUAUAUAUAGAGAAAUUUUCUCUCGUUUAUAAAUGUUACCUUGUUAUGUAAAUCAUACGCUUUCACUUCUAUUUAUUUCAA